CCAUGAUGCACCGCGAACACGAAGCGGAAGAAGCGUGGCUGGCAGCAUGGCUGACGACUGCAGCAGCGACGCGCUGAACAGCGGUCAGAGGAGCCUCCGUGUGGACGAUUUCCAGUUUCAUUCCGAAAGUGACAAGCAGUGGACCGCCCGGAGACAGUUCAUCAUUAAGCAUGUCGCAGAAUACGAAGCGAAAAACAAGGUCGACCACUUACUGUCCCUGUCCAUGGUGUGGGCUAACCACGUUUUUAUGGGAUGCAGGUACGACUCAGACCUGAUGCAGAAGGUGCUGGAAAUGGCCGAAGGCAUAAAUGUUGGUGAGAGACCCAACUUCCAGCUGGUUGCAGGUGAAGCAAAAAAGAGAUCAGGCUCCUGUAAUGACGGAGAGGAGAUUUUCAGGAAGAUUCCACGGUUCGGCCCCCGCUUUGAACCCGUGCCUUUUGUCGCCAGUAGUGGUGUGGAUGAGAAGGAAGAUGAAGACCAAGCCACAGCAGGGACAAGCCUCAUCGCGCCCACAGGCUCGGCUGCCUCAGCCUCUCCUUCUCCGCAGAACACUGCAGCGUUUGUGUUUGACCCCUGGGCUACCGUGAGGGUUCAUGGCAGCGGGGAGCAGCAGCCUGAGAUUCAGCAGCACUGUUCGGUCGGUACUGAGGUACCUGGCAUAAAGCAGUCUAAGCCAGCUAGUGUCAAUAAACGCCAGGAAAAGUCCCUGUGCAGGGGCUUGGGUUUUACAGACCAAGAAGCAGUACACACUGCUCACAAUGUCCUCUCUGCGCCCCCAAGUUCUAGUGGACCCAAGCCCAUCUCCCCAGAUACCUUGAAUGAAGGCCAACAAUUCAUCACCAGGUUAUCUUCUGCCAUAGCUGUCACUUUGGUUCACCCGGGACACAAUUCCACGUCAUAUUACAACUCGGUGCUGAAUCGCAGCCUCGAGGCUGUUAACAGCCACCUGCAAUACACGUACCUCAGUUUGCAGGACCUGUCACCCGGAGAGCUGCCCAAGGACCAUAAGAGCCCCAGUGGUGGAUAUGUCUGUGAGCUGCGGUGCCAGAGUAUUUGUAUCGCCACUGGCUACGCAGGGACGAAGAAGGCGGCUAGGAAGCGAGCCUCAGAGAUGGCCGUCAAACUUCUUCAGAAGCCAGUGGAGGUACGGGUCAUGCAGCACCGACACAGGUAUGAAAUGGUGGCCUGUUCCAAGGACGACUCUGCCCGACAACUGGCGACACCUCUGAGAGACCCUGAUGAUAAGUCAGCACCCAGUGGCGGAGACAAGGAGGAGCGGGGGCGCUGGUAUAAUUUUGCGAUUGUCGAGAACGCCCAGGAUGCCAUUAGUAUCCUUGGUAACUCCGCAAAUCUCAACGGCAUGAAAAUCGACUACAGAUUUGACGAGCUUCCUAUGGACGGCCUCUGGCGGUGCUGCGUCUGUUUGGAUGGGGAGCCAGUCGCGCAGGCAAAGGGGCGGAGCAAAAAGAUUGCCAAGCUCACGGCGGCCAAGGAGGCCUUAGAGAAGCUACGGCAGAACAACGCAACCAGAGAGGAGCAGUGGAAACCGUACGGAAGUACCAACCCGCACCUGACGGAGCUGGUUAUACUGGAGAAUGAUUCCAACGCCGUAGGCAUCAUCAACAACACAGCCCAAUUCAACAAGGUGCCCGUCGUCUACGAUUUGACGCAGUUGCGUAAUCGACAGUGGAAGUGUAAAGUGUUUCUGGGUGGCCAGUUUGUGGCUGAAGCCGUGGGCCCCAAGAAGAGCGUGAAGCAGAUGGCAGCAGAGAUCGCCCUUGGCACACUGAGGCAGACGCACGUCGUGGUCAAGAGGAGGGCGCAACAAACGGACAGCGAGGACGCCAUCUCACGCGAGCAGAUAACCGGCCGCUCGGACCCUGCUGCGGCGCUGCCGGCCAUCAAAGACGACAACAUUGGGAAGCAGCUCCUGCGCAAAAUGGGCUGGACCGGUGGCGGCCUGGGCCGUGAGGGCGAGGGAAUCGCCGAGCCAAUCAAUGUCAAGGAGCAGAUCGCGAGGGAGGGGCUGGGGCUGGAGUCACAGAAGCCUGCUCAUGAGCUCGACAAGAGGGACCUGGAGGCCAUCAUCCAGAGAUACUCCACUUCGGAACAGAGGGACGACCUGCGCUUCUCCGCCGACCUCGACAAUGCGGAGCGCAAGAAGAUCCAUCAGCUGUGCCAGAAAUAUGGCCUGCGAAGCAAGUCGUAUGGCCAAGGCACCCAGCGCUUCCUCAUUGUUAGCCACAAGGUGCAGAGUAAGCUGCUCAUUGAGCAACUUAUUAAGGAAGGCCAGUACGGCCAGUGUGGCCAGUAUGAGCUGGUGAAGCCACUAAACUAAGCGAGACGAGAACAAAACUGCCGUGACUGACUGAGAUUCAGAAACCUGUUACAGGAAGUUCUCUUGUCUAUUGGCAGAAUGGAAGGUUGCACUUUAUAGUAUACAGGCAAUACUUGAACUUGGCCAAUCCAAGCAGACACUUGGUAACUUUGCCCUGAUGAUCAGGAGACCUUGCCGAAGUGGUGGUUCUUUGUGUGUCUUCGUAUUUGUAUGUACUUUCUAAAAUGCAGCUAUCCUCGUGUGCCCGUUUGGUUGUGCGUUUGAAUCUGAAAAGCAAUUUGCCAAUUUGUUAUUUGUGUUGCCUAUGUUGAGAUCCAAAAGAGCCUCACAGAGGAAGUCUGAAAAUUCAUUAACUUGUAUUGUUACCAAUUUUAUGACGGGGUCAUUGACCUUCUCACCACAGUUUUUUUUUUUUUGUUGUCCUACAAACCCUCAGAGAUUACAAAAAUAUAACAAGACAAAUCUGAGCAGGGUCUGAAAUAUAUGAUGCUUGUAAUACACGGCCAACACUAGCUUAAUAAUAUUAGUAGUCCUUGUGGUGAACUAUACUGAAAAGUCAGAAUUAGAAAAUAGUCUUGGAUUUGUCCACUGUGCAUUCUGUGGUUUUCUCUGUCCCAGCAUUGCUCACUGGGAUCUCAGGUACCACUGUCAGGGACCACAGUAUCCAGACUAAGAACGUACACCUGAAUAUAGGCAUUUUCCUAUAUUCCUAUAUAUAUAGGCAACAGAAACCUCUUUAUUCUCCAGCUUUUGUGAAUUAGCUGAGGAUUAGACCGUCAUAUCGCACUGAAAGUUAAAAUGUUAAACCCAUGUUAAAACGAGGGUCGCAGCUGAAACCGAACUGUGGAUGUAUUUCUUUGUGGAUAAGAGCUGUAUCGUACCUGCGUCCCUGUCACGCGACUCGGUUUUCACAGAGUGACCACAGCGCGACUCUGUCUUCAUUCCUUCGUUUGAUUUAGAUUUCAUAAGAUUCCCUUUGUGCUCUAGCAUCAGUUUGACGGUCGGACAGAUAUUGAACUCAAAUCGCUGCGUGUGCCACGAUUUCCACAUAACGGGAGAAGGUACGUUACAGUGUAGAAAUGAAGGACCUCAUUAAAACACACUAGGAGCUGAUUUCCAAAAUAUCACUGUCAACAUAUUUACACUCACCUAACUCAUUAGUGGCAUCCUUUCUAAAAUGCGAGCAAAUCUACUUUUAAUAUGGCAAUCUAGGCUUACUAUUGUGAGCAGAUUAUUACCAGUAUGAAAACAAGCUGCAGGUCAGUCCGUUUUAGGCUUAAUAAAAGUCUAAGAAGCCUCAUUUGCUUUACGUGUGAAAGUUGUUUUUGUUAGUGUACUGUAAAUAAAUAUGUUCAUGUUCUGUA